AUGUGUUCACCAUUUGGAAAUUACUCAGCACUAUGUAAAUUUUUGGAUAUUAAUAAAAGUAGACUCUCUUAUUUUACAUUAGAACAUAAAGGUUAUAAUUCUUUAACCUUGAACUAUUUGAUUUUGGAAGUUGCAUAUUCUUAUAAUGCUAAGAAUUUCAAAUAUUCUGAAGUUGCAAGAGUAUUAGAAUUAAAAGAAAAUUAUGCAUACUCUGAAAAUAUGACUAAUAAACAAGAAGAAAUUAAUAACAACAAAAAAAAGCAAAAUCAAGAUUUGCUAAAUUUUGAAAAUCAAUAUCAGAACAAAAAAUCAUUUGAGAAAAAGAAACAGAAAAAAAUAAUUAAAAUCAAUCAAAAUAAAAAAUCAGACCAAUUUGAGGAUAACCUUUUUGUUACAAAUAUUAACACUGAUAAAACUCAAAUUGAAAUUGAAAAUAUUAAUUCAGAAUCAAACAAAUCUUGA